AUGGAAAAACUGAAUUUGGUGGGACAUGUGGCUCCAACGAAAAAAGAAAAGAUGAAAGCUUAUCUCAAGGGACUGCCCGCAGAAAUGAUGGUUAUGGUUAGGAACUCAAGGGCUUCCACCCUUAGAGAGGCAAUUGAAGAAGCGAAAGUCAUGGAAGCGGUUUAUGCUAAGGGGAGAGAGGAGAAAGGAGUAAGUAGUGAGAAGAGGAAGUGGGAAGGUCAAUACGCACCUUCAAAGAGACCAAGCCACCUCAACCACAACAAUCGAGGAGUUUACCCUAGACAUGAGACAAGGUGGUGCUCCAAAUGCCGCACUAAACACCAUGGACCAUGUGCCCCCAACCCUAAUCCUGCAAAAUGUUUUAAAUGUGGGAAGUCAGGCCACACACGAAAUGAAUGCCCUAUCAAAGAACCCAUCUGUUACGGAUGUGGAAAGCCAGGCCACACACGAAAUGAAUGUCCUAUGAAAGGACCCGUCUGUUUCGAAUGCGGGGAGCUGGGUCACAUCAGGAACAAUUGUCCGAAGGUGAAGGCGGGAGGGGGGCAGGGAAGAAAAGAAAAUACCCCGAAGACAACCGGUCGAGCCUUUCAGAUGACUGCGGAGGAAGCCAAGGCAUCGUCGGAUGUGGUGUCGGGUAUGUUCCUCAUUGACUCCAUACCUGCUCACGUACUUUUUGAUUCAGGUGCUUCAUGUUCUUUUAUGUCUACAACAUUCUACCAUCUAUUGCAUACGCCCCCUAGUACUCUAGAAGAUGCUUUGAUCAUUGAAUUAGCAGAUGGUAGUUAA